AUGUUGAUUCAAGCACAUUUGGAUUACCGGGAGGUCUACGAAGAAAUGCAGCAGGAGCAUGGUGCCCUCACGCAAUCCUUUCAGGCUUUGGAUGAUGAGUAUCGGAUGAGAAAGGGCAAGGGCAAAGGCCACCCAACAAGGCAAUACAGGGCGCGCACACCACCCCCAACUGCAAAGAUGUUCGCCAUGGGUCGGUUGCAAAAACCGGCACAUAGAGACGAUGAUGUGGAUUGGAGAGGGAGCAAGAAUCGAGCGAAUAGCUCCAGCGCAUUGAGAACAGAAAGACUGGGGGCAAAAGAUGCGGGCAAAGAAGGCAAUGGUGGAGCAAAAGGCGGACAGGAAGUGCAGGAAAUGAAGGAAGUGCAGGAAAGAAACUCAAGAAAUGAUGAGGUCCAGCAGAUUCCAGCAAUUCCAGCAACGGAAAUGACGACGGACGAACAGGAGCUGCUCCCAGAUGCCAGAGAGACAGAGCCUCACACAGACACGCCUGAGCUGGACGAAGACUCUGAGAGUGACAAUGCGGUGCCAUCCUUCUUGUUCGAUAGCAGCUCCUGUGCGAAAAUGCCACGGGAGCAGGCUGAGACCUCUACUCGACCGCCAUCAGAGACUCCCACUGAGGCUGGUGCAGAAUUGCCAGAGCUCUUGGAUAGUGGUUCCGAUGGCGUGGAGGGUGUGGUAAACCUUGCCUGCUCCGAAGAGCAAGAAAUGCCUCAGCUGAGUUUGCUAAAGGCAAACCAUCCUCAUUCUGCACCUGCUGACAAGAAAGAGGACGAGGAGGAUGCAGAAGAAGACCUUUUCUGCAGUGAAGGUCUUCCCUUUUGGGAAGAAGAGAGGUCACCCUCUGCAUCGGUGACAGCCAUGGCAAUGCUUUGGUCUUUAAUGAAGGUUUUGUGCCUGAACCUGGUGGCAGUGCUAGCAAUUUUGAUGUAUGAGUUCUACCACAUUCGGGAAGGCUUCAUCAGGUAUUCGCCAGCUUUAGAGGAUAAGGAGCACACCAUGCGUGCAGCACAGUUCUUGACACCAGGUGAGCCUUCCGUUAUCAAAACUCGUCGAAUUCCGCGACCACAAUGCUGUGAGAUGACGCAAGUGCUGAUCAAGGUUGGCACUGGUGGACUGAAUCCGAUUGAUUUCAAAAUGCGACGCAAUCAGUACGUCAAUACCAUGCGAUCCUUGCCCAUCGUCUCUGGUUAUGACUUUUCAGGGCAUGUGGAACGCAUUGGCACUGGUGUGCUGGGAUUCAGACCUGGAGAUACCGUGUAUGGUAUGCUACCUUUGCAGGGAACAUCCUGGGGUGCUUUCCAGGAAUACGUUGUCGCAAACUAUUCCAUCAUUGCCCAUGUUCCUUCCAAGAUCACUGCGAGAGAAGCAGCGGGACUGCCUUUGGUUGGCUUGACGACGAUCCAAGCAAUGGCGCCGGUGCUGCGACAUUUUCGGAAGCAGGGUCAGAGCAGCAAGGGCAAGAAGAUCCUGAUACAGGCGGGGGGUGGAGGAGUGGGUUCCUUUGCUAUCCAGUACUGCAAAAAUGUGCUUGGGAUGUACGUGGCAACCACCGCCAGUGCUUCAAAGUCGGACUUGGUGAAAGGUUUGGGUGCUGAUGAAACCAUAGACUACAAGAAGACCAAGUUUGAAGACGUGGUGAAAAACUAUGAUGUCGUUUUGGACACUGUGACGCAGGAGUACGAGCAGCGUACGAUGUCUUCAAAUGUGUUGAAGUCAGGUGAAGGGCACUACAUCAAUAUUUUGAGCAGUGACUGGGAGCCCAAUAGCCAUGAAACCAACCUCCUGGAGAUCGCCGCCAAGCCUUUCUUGAGGAAAUGGGGCUACAGCUUGAUCGCAGACCUUCUAGGUUUUGGCAUCUACUAUCACUGCAAUCCUGUGAGCCCAGACGCGCAAGGGUUGCGAUCUAUUGCAAGUUGGGUAGACGCAGGCCUCAUAAAGCCGGUUGUUGAUCGCUCCUUCGGCCUUGACGAAGUAGCAAAAGCCCAUGAAUAUUUGGAGAAGGGCCAUGCAACAGGGAAAGUGUCCCGCGCGAGAAAGAGCGACUAUCCUCAACCGCUCUCUCGAUCUCCCUCUCCAGACGUGCAGUCUGAACGGAGCUGGACAACCACCGAAGUUGCCGCUGAGAGGCCACGGAGAAAGGGUGGGCAAGUGCUUUUAAACUUAUCACACAGUGAUUAUGAGGUUGUGGCACAGGUAGCAGAAGACCGUGGCUGGCGCGUGGUAAAGUGUGAGGAGAAGGCAGCAGUGUGCAAUGUUCAUUGGAUAGAUGAUGCCAACAUUGGUGACUGGAUCCGAAAGGUGGAGCCGUGGAUGCGUAUCAAUCACUUUCCAGGCAUGAACAAUGCCCUUGCGCGGAAAACCCGGUUGGCAAGGAAUAUGGCAAGAAUCCAGCGUAUGUUUCCAGCUGCAUACAAAUUUGUGCCGCCGACCUGGGUCAUCCCCGAUGAUUUCCCUGACUUGGAGAAGAGAUUUGGUGACAACCCGGAGUCAAAGGUCUUCUAUAUUGUCAAGCCAGACCACCUUUGCCAGGGACGGGGCAUAUUCCUCACCACGGAACUGGAGCGCCUGCGACAGGCUUCGGAUGACAGUCGCAAGAAGAACGAGGCCACAGUGGUUCAAAGAUACCUUUCCAGGCCUAUGCUCAUUGAGGGCUUAAAGUUUGACUUGCGGCUUUACUUCCUCAUCGCUGCCAAAAAGGCCAGCGGUGAAAGUGGACUUGAUCUCCGCUGCUUCCUUUUCCGGGAUGGAUUGGUUCGGCUUUGUACAACUCCAUACCAACCACCCACGGCAGAGACAAGGAACGAAAAAUGCAUGCAUUUGACAAACUAUGCUGUCAACAAAAACAGCGAGAACUUUCAGCAGAACGAUGGCGAGGAUGAUGGAGCUGGUAGCAAACGGUCUUUAAGGUGGUUCAUGUCGUACGUUGGCGAGACAUUUGGAGAGAAGGAAAGACGAAAGCUCUGGCUAAAACUCAUGGGUCCGAAGCCUUGGAAGCUUUGCAUUUCGUGA